UAACUGCUCAGUGUCAGCUGAACCCGCGGCAGCAGAGGGACACACAUUAAGGACUGCUGCCUAGGACCUGGUCAUCCUUUUGCACAGAAACUUGGGGUCCAUCACUGUUCUUUCUGGCCCUAAAUAGUCCCCAGCCAAGCAUGUAUUCACCCAUUCAGGAUUCUUCUUUCAGAAGUCCUCAAGAAGCAGAAGGCACUAACAAUGGCUAAAGCACAGGAUUUCAUGGGAACAGCUCCUUCUUUAGACCUGGGCAAGAAGGUGAGUGUUCCUCAGGAUCUCAUGGUGGAGGAGCUGUCUCUCCGUUCUAACAGAGGUUCCCUUCUGUUCCAAAAGAGACAGAGGAGAGUGCAGAGGUUUACUUUUGAGUAUGCAACCAAGCAUACCCAGAGCUCAGUCUCAGAAGGUGGAGGAAGUGAUUUGGGAACCGUGUCGUCAGCAGGACCACCAGCAGAGGUGGCUACCACCAUUGGCCCAGAUGGGAAGGAGAACUACAGGACAGAGAUACAAAUUUAUCCUACCCCACCUCCUGGGUCUGAGACAAACAGUCAGGAACUACCCCCAAGACGGGCUCCUAGUCCCAGUGCCCUGGCCUCGGGCUAUUCCAAGCCCCUGACGGGCAUCCCACCAGAAAAGUUCAAUCACACAGCCAUCCCCAAGGGUUACCGGUCCCCAUGGCAAGAGUUCAUUGGCUAUAAAGAUGGAUUCAAGGACUAUCAGGAGGACCAACUAAACCACACACCGAGUCUCUCAGACUACAGGAAUUUCAACAAGACACCAGUGCCAUUUGGAGGACCUCUCAUCUCUGAGACAUUCCCCAAAACGGAUACACUCUUCAUCCCAAAAGAACCCUUAAGUGGCCUGGAUCUCCUCAGCUACAGACCUAAUUUCAACCGAGUAGCCCAAGGCUGGGUGCGGUCCCUUCUGGAGUCAGAGGAAUUAUAACUUGAUCUUAAUUCUCAUAUUCCCACUGCUUUGCUUUAUUGGCUUGUUGGUAGGCACAGAGAUAUGUACUAAUACUGGUUAUAUAUAUCAGUAGUUCUGCCAUGGGUCAUAUUCUGAAUUCAGAAUAAGUGAAAUCUGAAAUCUACAUCUAAUGUGAGAGGGAUCAGUAUACUCUGAUUGCUAACCUAUUCUCUAAAUGAAGUUUCUCAAGGGCUCAAAACAAACUAGAAAAAUGAGAGAAAGAGUCUAAAUAUAACAGGACUAAUCAAUGAUAGUCCAAGUCUUUGCUUAGUGAGUUUUUAAAAAAACUGUAGCAUAAUUCUCAAUCAAGAUGAGCUUUAAAAAUUCUUCCAUAAAUAAGUAUGCGUGAGAUCACUGUGGAUGAUGGAAUGACCUAAGGGAAAUAAAGAACACCUCUCAAAGAUGUAUCAACCUUCUUAAUGAGUCAAAUCUGCCAAGUGAAACUUUCCUUAUCCCCGAGAAGAAGCAAUAUUAGAUCUCAGUGUUUGUAGUUCAAUACAAAAGUGAUUCUCAGCCCCUGCUUCAGAGAAAGCAUGAAUGGAAAUCCAUUCCUGUGGGUGCUUUUGGAUCUUAAAAUACAUUUAAUGCUAUACCUCAGGAAUUUCUAUGCUUAGCUUUGCAUUUAAAAUUGCAUUACCAUGAGAUAGAGACCAAUUAAUUAAAAUAUAUGUGACAUAUAUUGGGGGGUAAAAGGGAGACAGACUCAUGUAUAAUCUUUGCUGGUAAUCAAUUAUACUAAUAAAAAAUGACAGAGCACUU